AUGCCACACGUCUCAUCCAGUGGCGGCGAUGAUCUCGGCAGCACCGAUGAGGUUAAGGUGUUCAAGGACGAGGGUGAUGGGGAGGACGAGAAGAGGUCCUCAGAAAACCUCACCGAGGAGAAGAGUAGCCUUAUCGACCUCACAGAGUCUGAGGAAAAGUCCGGAACAGGAAACUACCAUCCUACCAGCAAACAUGUCCAGCGACCAGAUCACAGCCCCGUGUUUGUUGAAAUUUGGUUCAGAAAAUCGCACGAUCUGGCUAGUUCAAAUCACUACAGCCAAAGAAGGCUGUAUCAUCACAUCGAAAUUCUGCAAGAAGGCGAAAUAUAA